AUGUUCUUGAAUCAGUACUAUAUACGUCGGUAUAAACAUCUGAAAACGAUCAUUGCUCUGAUCGGGGCAGUUGUAAUCGUUUCAUUUCUCAACACUAACUUUUAUACGAAACAAUUGUCAUGUGAUAGAGCAAGUAUCGAAACUGUAUCUCCAGACGUUGCCUACGAGUUAAUCAAUGAGGAAGACGAGAGUGUUGCACUGGAUGCUUACUCGUUAUGGUGUCUUCACAUGGCGCACCGGUUCGAUAGUGACCGACAACUCUACAGAACACCAGUUCUUCACGCACCGUCCGUCGAUCCAACCAGACUCCAGCGUUUACCUUAUUACUAUACACAUUGGAAAUCGACUCCACUGUUAUCUCGUCGUUUAACGAAAUGUGAACAUAGUAUUCUUAUGCGUUUAUUUAUGGUGGCUGAUCGGAUCUGCCGGAAGAAUAAAAUCGAAUAUAUGAUAUCGGAUGGUACCUUAUUAGGAUCGUUAAGACACCAUGAUAUAACUCCAUGGGAUACCGAUGCUGACAUGAUGAUAGCCGAUGAAGGCAAAGAUCGUUUUCUCGACCAAGUCAAUCAAAUGAAUGAAACCAUCGUUCUUCAUCGUGUUCUAGGUAGUAGACAUUACAAGAAAGAAUAUUAUAAAAUUUUCUUUCGAAGCACACCAUCGGCAGGAGGUUAUUCAUGGAAUUUUCCGUUUAUUGAUAUCUAUGUUUAUCUAAAAAAUGAAACGCAUGUGUGGUCAAUGGGGUAUCCAGAAUACGGUCAAGAUAUCAAGUAUUACUAUCCAAUAGUGAUGCGACCAUUAGGCGAAUUAUGGUUGCCUGCGCCGAGACAACCUCAAAAAUUAUUCGAAUUUGAUCCGUUUGAUGAAUGCAAGACGCAUUGGUGGAAUCAUAGAAACGAAACCGGUGAUUAUGUGAAUUCGCAGAAAUGCGCUGAUUUAAAAGACUUUUACCCGUUUGUUGAACGGAAUAAUCAAUCAAAUUCGACGACUGAAGUCUUAAAAAUAAACAAUACUAUCAUACAUACAAUUUCAUAUGAUUGA